CGUCUGUCCAUCCUUGUCACGUGACUCCGUGUUGACGGAAAUGCUUCAGGAAUGGCGAGAAACGAAGAGAAACAGUUUGGAAAAUUGAAUCGACUGUGGCUCCAGAAAGAGAGAGAGGAGGGUCGCAUUAAAGAUGUUAACGUGUCAAGGCCAAAGCUUGCAACUUUAAACUCAGUGGCAGCAGUGAAGAAGUGGAUGCCGAGCAUCAAGAAGGAGAUUGAAUACUAUCUGCAGCAGUCGCAGUUAUCUCACUACCCAGAGAGGAAGAUAGAUGAGUUCCGUCUGCAUAUUGAGGAACUGGAGACCGAAUACAAACGCUUCCUAAAGAAACUACGCUCUCUGGACCCUACCUGCAAACACAAGCCUUGGGAACCUCGAGCAUAUGCCAAGAGGAGGCAGGAUCCAGUCAGCAAUCAAAACACCUCUAAAAAACUGUGCCUCUACAGCCCAAGCGGCCCUUGCAGAGAGGAAGAGGAUGUUAAUGAGGACAACAACCCAGAGGAAGCAGGAAACCACAUAUCUCGCAGUAAUAUACAAGAACUACGCACCCCAUCAGCUCCUGCUACCACCCAAGCCUCUGACCCCCCAGACCAGGACCUCCCGCUGUGCUUCGAUCAGUCCCGACUCGCUGUGGCAGUGGCCAGUUCACGUGUGGCUCUCGCCGCACAGCAGCAGGACACCGGUACACUGACACGAGUGCUGCUCACCGGUCUGCCCAACCUCCACUGCCUCCCGCUAGCACAGACAGCAGCAAAAGAAGCAACAUGUCAGCCCCCCAGUGCUGAAACAGCCCAGAGUAAAACUGAACAUUUACUAGGACUCGGCUGCUACUCGUCGUCCUCCGAUGAGGAGAUCUAGUUUAGUGAAAUGAAACUUCAGUUUGUGAAAUUAUUAAAUAUCAUUAUGCUCAUUAGCUGAUGAAACAUAGUUAUUUUAUUAUUAUUAUUAUUAUUAUUAUUAUUAUGUUUUCAGUUGAAUACAUGGUGCUGCACAUUUAAAGGGAUAGUUUACUCAUAAAUGAAAAGUGUCAUCAUUUACUCACCAUCAUGUUGUUCCAAACUCAUAAGACUUUGGAAGAUCUUCGGAAACACAAAUGAGGAUAUUUUUAAUGAAAUCUGAAAGGUUUAUGUCCCUCCAUUGAAAGUCCAGGUAACCAAAAACGGAAUCGACCAGCUUAAAUAUGUUUUUUUAUGGAUGAACAGAUUUAAUUUGCACACACAAGAACCAGUGAGGGAUUUGCUGUAUGUUUGUGUGUUUUAUAUGUAAAUAAAAGCCUAUAUUUACUCUGUUCAUCAAAUAAAGAGGCUUGGAUUAAACCACUCAAUUAAUAUGGAUUUGUUUUAUGGAUCUUUUUAAGCUUUGGUUACCUGGUCUUUCAAUGGAGAGACAGAAACAUUAAAAAUAUCUUAAUCUGUGUUCCGAAGAUGAACUUAUGAGUUUGAGAGUGAGUAAUUGAUGACAGAAUUUUAAUUUUUGGGUGGACUAUCCCUUUAACAUUUGAUAUUCAAAAUAUAUCUGAUGCAUGAAAGUGAAACUUGAAAGCAAACAUUUUCGAGUGAAACCUGAAAGCUGUAAAUCACCUGUGUUCAUGUGUUUAUACUGUUUGUCUUAACCUUGUUUAUUCCGGCUAUGAAUGUGUUAAGAAGAGAACGAAAAUGGUUGAUGUGUGGUUAGAGUAGAAUACCGAAUGGGAUGUAAGUGAUAACUUGUCAGAAACAAAAUAUGAACUGUUUACUGUUAAGUACAUCUUCGGGAUCUAUAAAGUUUCAAUUUCAACCACAAAGGUUUUUGCAGGUUGUUGCCACAUUUUAAGUGACAUAACAAACAUUCUGUUCGCAUUAAAUUCACUUGUACUUGACAAAAUAAGUCAUGUACUGGUGCUUUAAAAAAUACAGAAAACAAAACACUGAUCUGAAGACCCGUUAAUGUAACAGUUCAAGAACGGCCUUUUUAAAAAAUCAUUAAAGCACCAUGAAGUCAAUUCAAGAAUCCAAUUCGCUGAAAAAUGCUCUUUGAUGAGCUUAAAAGUGUACAGAACCAUUUAUGUGAGAGUAUUGCUAUACUAACCCCAAAGUUUCAGAUUGACAUGAGUUUUGAUAAUGCGUGCACCACAACAGCCCUGAUUAGAAUGACUGUGAGACUUUUAAAAGUUCAGUAUGUGCAAAGAUGCUGAGUCAGAGAGAGACAGAAAGAUGUCUAUGUUCACCAAAAAAUACAUAAUUUUUCCUACAGUUUGGUAAGAGAACUAGGGCUUUGCGCUGCUGCCCACGGUCCGACCCCAAAACCCCUCAUACAUCAGCAGCAAGAACUGCUUAGCAAGCAACACUUCUGGGAAACUGAGCAAGAGAUGAGCGUUGUUACCAAGCAGCAGUGGUGAUGUCUUACUCAUUCAGAAUGCAUUUGUGUGACUUCUAGCACCAUUGGCUACAUUUGCUCACACGGCAGACAGGGUUUCCCAUACCUGUGAGGUGAAGUAAGAAAACUGAUGCAACUACUGCACACGUCAGUUGUCAAAUAAGCCAAUGUUUCCUCUGCGGAAUUUACAACAAAAGAUUUUUGGCUUUUUUUUGUCAUCCAUGACAUUGAAAUGCCUUGGAAAAGGCGUUGCUUGCAGUAUAUGUUUUGAAUUUCCCACAAUGGUACAAUGACUGGUCAUGAUGUGUGUAUUUGAACACAUAU